CCACUGGGUGUCACUGUUGCUCACAUGGAGGUCCUAACGCAGUGGUGUAUUGUAGGGUCACUGGUACCACUAAACCAGCAGGACUUUCUGCGUGGAGCUGAAACACAGGAAGUAUCCCCGGGGUUAAAUUACACCCUAAACAAGGAAGUUGGUUAUUUGCAUUUAAGCUCAAAUUCACCCUCUGAUAUUCAUUUCCCACAGAAGAGUCUCAUCGCAUCUCUCUUUUUCAUAUAGGAUUUUUUGAAGCUGGGAGCCAUGUCUGCAACAGAAAUCGUGAUAAUCCACAUCCUCUUUAUUUCAGGUUCUAUGGAUUGCACAGACCUUUCCAUUACUGCACCGAAGGAGAUGGAGGCACUGAGUGGAUCCUGUUUACACAUCCCGUGUACAUUUAGUGCUACAGAAGAAACAGGGAUUGACAACAGAAUUGGAAUGUGGAUUAAAAACACCCAUGAGCACCUUGGAGAACAUCCAGAAAAUGUGAUUUUUAACAGUAAUAAGGCAAAGAACACCUAUCCAAUGAAUAUCACUGGAAACCUGAGAGAGAACAACUGCAACACUCUGUUUUCCAGUUUAAACACAAGUUACACAAACAAAUACUUCUUCAGAUUUAAGAGGAAAUCAUUUAUAGCAACUGCUUCUGACGAUCCUAUUCAAAUAACAGUUAAAGAUUCUCCUCCGAGCCCCACCAUUGAGAUCCCAGGUGAUCUGAAGGAGGCGGAGUCUGUCACUGUAACCUGCUCAGCUCCAGCUCCCUGUCCACACUCCCCUCCUAAACUCACCUGGACUCUCCAACAAAACCCUCCCAACACAAUGGAGGAAAACCCAAAUCGGACCUUGACGACUAAGAUCCAGAAGAACGUCACUCUGACAGACAAAGAUGAUGGAUUCAACAUCACCUGCUCUGCCAGCUAUCCUGUGAAUGAAGGGAAAGCUGUGAAGACAGCAGAGGAGACAAUGACUCUCCAUGUUUCAUAUGCUCCUAAGGACACCUCCGCCUCCGUCAGUCGGCCCUCAGGUUCGGUGUCAGCGGGCAGCUGGAUGGAGCUGAGCUGCUCCAGCAGAGCCCAGCCUCCCGUCAGCAGCUUCACCUGGUUCAAGGAGAGCCAAGAUGGAGUCAUGAAGGUCUCACAGGGAGAGAUUUACAGCUUUAAUGCCACAGAGGGAGGACGUUAUUACUGUGUGGCUACAAAUGAGAUUGGUAAUGGAACGUCAACAACGAUCCAUCUUAAACUCAAAGAUGGAAAUGAAAAUGAAAUGAAACCUAUGCCAUCUAUAAUGGAGCCAGCGUAUCAGGGAGUCAUCAUUGGGAUCAUCCUACUCAUCUCCCUGGUUGUCAUUGUUUGCGCUCUGUUGCGUGGGAAACGGGGGUUUUGGACGUGCUCAACUGAACAACAGAGUCUGAAUGAAGAGCUGACUCUUGAAGAGCCGGCAGAGGAAAUCCACUACGGAGAGAUCGAUUUCUCCAAGCAGACCCCUGGGUCGACCCCUGUCCCGGUGCAGGACGGGGGACAGAAGGAGGAAACGCUGUACGCUCAGGUCAAAGUGCCACACACAGCAGACAGCCUAACACAGGCUGCUAAGCAACCAGAGGACCUCUACGCUCAAGUGAAGAAAUGAUGCAAAGACACAAAAUCCAUUAAAACAUUUCGAAGAUAAACAUUAUUGAAUAGCUCAAGUUUGUAGAAAUUGACACCUGGACUGUUUUACUGUGUGUGUGUGUGUGUGUGUGUGUGUGUGUGUGUGUGUGUGUGUGUGUGU